AUCGCACCUAGUACAUUUUGCUUGAUCGAGGCGGUCAGCAAUGGCGCACAGGGUCCUGGAGCUAACGCUCCUGUCGGCGAGUGAUCUGAAGGAUGUGAACAUGUUAAGCCACAUGGAGGUGUACGCCGCCGCGUCCAUCUACGGCGACCAGCUGACGCGCCAGUGCACCCACACCGACCGUUACGGCGGCAGGUAUCCGGAGUGGCGCGAGACGCUCCGUUUCGCCGUCCCGCCCACGGCCUCCGCUGCGGGCAGCUACCUCCACGUCCUCCUACGCACCGAGCGCGCCUUCGGCUUCGACGACCGCGACGUGGGCGAGGUGCUCGUCCCGGUGGCCGACCUGCUCGCCGGUGCCUGCAUCUCCGGCGCCCAGCAGCGGUGCGCGUCGUACCAGGUCCGCAAGGUGCAAUGCGUCGAGCACCAUGGCGUGCUAAACGUGGCGUACCGUCUCGGCCCCGUCAUGGCGCCGGUUCGUCGGGGCACCGAGCGCUGCGGUGGUGCCGUGGGGUACCCGGUGAUGCGGUGGCAGCCGUGCCAUCCACCGUCGUAUGCUUACGUGCCACCGUACCAGUCGGUGGCGCCGAGCUAUACUCUGCCCGAGUAUGUUCGCACUCUGGCGCAGAAGAAUUUAAGAAGAACGGGAGCUUCGCGCUGGGGCUAGCUCGAGCUCGGCGCAGGGCUAAUCGGCCGAGGCUUCGGGGGACUCCUGUUUGGAAGCAUGACGUCAUCGGAGACGUUGGUUUAUGAGAAUGCCGGGCACGAGACCACCGACGCUGGCUGGGUGGCCUUCUAGAAAUUUCACUUGUAUCAUGAGCACAGACUACACUUGAAUCCAUUUAUCGCAGGGAUCCGAUGUAUUUUAUUGAAGUCGCGCCGAGAAUGGUAAA